AUGCAGAAGUACCCUUUACAGCGACGCUACCCCCCGUCUGUACCGAACGGCGUUGUGACUGCGGCGGGUAGUGGCGUUGGUCAUGGCGGCGUCGUGGGGAGCGGUGCUGGGGGUGGCGCGUCAAACGGUCCAGUGCCGGAGGUGGCCGCUGCCGCCAGCUACGUUUCCGUGUCAUCCUCCGCCGUCGCCAAUGCCGCCGACGCUAGUGAUGAGGAGGUGAACCAACUGCUGCGGGAACUUGAGUGUUCGGUAGAAGGGCCUAAUGCGGCAGCCGUGAUGCGGGACGCGGUGUCGGCGAUCGAACGUCGGGCCUUGGCAAGUUGCGACCCCAUGAGUCGUGACCUUUUUCUUGAGCAGCGCAUACGUGACGUCCUCUCUGAGCUGUCGCGGACGUCGAACCCAAAGCUGCUGCUUCUUGCCGUGAACUUUGUGGAUGCCCUUCUUGCGGUGCCGUACACAAAUCCUCAACAAAAGUUUACGCGGCUCUGUCGUAGCCUUUUCAUCGUGUUACACUGCGGGAUUGAGGAACCGGCAAAGGAGGCACAACGUGUGCUGAAGCGUAUGCUGGCGUUGGACCUAGAGUUUGGGUCAUUUGCGCCCCCGCUCAAGUUGUUUAUCACGAAGGAACUGAAGGAUAACUGCGAACUGUCUCUGAUUCAGCUGCACGGGCGCGCGCAUCAAGCAAAGGCCCCGUUUGUUGCACAGUUUUUCGCCGUCAUGCUGGCCCUUUCUGCCACGGCUGAGAUCAACGCACGCUACAUGGUGGGGCCGCUGCGCCCACGUGCUGUGCAGCUUGCAACCGCCCUUGCAGGUUCCUCCGAUGAGGUGCUUCGCCGUGCUGCGUAUGAUUGUUUGGUGGCAAUAUUUAGCAACACAAGUGUCAUGCGUCAAAAUGAGGUGGUGCUGGAGAAUCGGCGUGUUUUGGAUGACGCGAUUCGGUCCUUGAACACGAGUCACAAUAAUGAAAGUAGCGUUAUAUCCACCCUCCAGUCUCUUCGCGCGCUCAUUAGCAGCAGAAGAGUGCAGUUUAUGGAGAAGCAGGUGCCCAUGCUACCGCAGUUGUGCGUGCUCGUCACAGAGCAGCAUCGUGUCUCCAAGUCGCACGCGGUGCGUGCCGCGGUGUGUGACCUCGUACCUGUUAUUGCGGAGACUGACGUUCUCUCUGCCGUGCGUCGCAUAACGUACUGUGCCAUUAUUAUGGAACCCGUUAAGAACGUUCGCGACGAGCGCAACAAGAGCCUGGAGCUGCGCAACGUUGCCACCUUUAUCCAGAAUGUUGGGUACGAGACGCUGGACUCCACAAACCGCACGAAUCUGGACUCCAUACUUGUGCGCUACAUCACACGUAGAGAAACGCAGGAGGAGUGUUGGCAUAUUUUGGCGGCCAUCUGCGGUGGGUACAUGCAGGCAGUGUUGAAGCAGACGCUGCAAAGGAGUAAGUCUGGGUGGUCGUUCGGUGCUAGUUUCUCUGCCAGCAAGAGUGACUCGCCCAACUUAGCGGAAAGCACGUAUUCCAUGCAAAAUGCCUCAGUUGGAAGCGAUGUGGCGGCAACUGCACUGCCAAAGGCGGUUGCCCAUGCGAAUGCCGUGAAGCAGCAGGAAAUCGUCCAGAACGUGGAUGGGUUGGUGCGCCGCUGUAUUCCACACCUGGCAAACGCCGUUCUCUCCGCAGAGUUAGUUAGGUACUUGACGAUAAUUCAGCAGUAUGUUCCCACCGUGAGUACCGAGCUGCAGGCAGCCCUCGACGCUCUAGUAGACCGCAAACUGAGCGACAGUACGCAGGAGUCGAGGCUAGGGGGUUUUGAUGCUGGUGGGCGAUCGUUGACGCGUAGCGAGCGGCAAGUCUCCAGCACUGAAGCACAUUCGCUGCCGCCACCGCCACCGCCACCACCGCCACCGCCACCGCAGGACACCGCGCAGGCGUCGACGUUCAGUGGUCCCAAUAGCACGGUGGGUCGCCUGGCGCAGUACUUUCUUCCACCUGCCACUCUUGAGGUCGGUAACGGCGCCCCGCCGCGUAGCAGCGUGAGUGUUGUUGAGGGGGGAAACCAGUUUGAGUCAGGCUUGAGGAACGAGAGCGGUGCAAACACAAUGGGUGUAAGCCAGAAUGCCCAAACGAACGGUGUUGCAGCAGCUGCAACAGGAGGGAUUAAUGUUAGCGUCAACAGCUUGACUAUUGUGCCUUAUCCUGUCAGCACCUCGGAGCUUUGCAUUGCUCUGGAACUCUUUGCAAAGCGACAGAUAACUUCAGUGCAGCAGUUAGAGGGGGUUCGGACCUUCGUUAUUUUGUACCAACGCCAUCAGGAUGCCCAGGUACGGCAACAGUGCAGUACCUCUGUGGUGGAGGCGCUGAGCCAGUGGACCCACUACGCAAAGCAGCACCGCACCUCCACCUAUUCAACCCGUGUCACAGAGAUUAUUGAACUGUACCUAAAGCACGUGCUGCUGGAGCUAGACCCUAAGGUUCGACUGAUGGAGGUAACUAUCCUGGCGGAUGCCGUGGAACUGCGUACGUUUCUGUUGGAGCAGAGGAUUUUGAAGACGCUUAUGAGUUUUCUCCAUGACACCUCUCAGAUACGGGAAAAGACGGUGGAGCUCUUCAUGCUGCUUACGCAAGAGCCGCGCAACACACCUUCCUUGGAGGUGGUGAAGCAAAGUUUGCUUAACAUGGUGGAGUCCUACGUCACGGUGCUUGAGUACUCCGCCGGCCCGCAAACUCUCAUUUGCCACAUCUCCGACCUGCAAACACUGGCAAAGUUCUCGCUGGCGCCAUUGACAGCCCACAUGCAUCGCAUUUUCAUUGCAUUUCAGAAGCAUUUGGUGGAUGAGAUGGUGGCCGACGCGAUUACCCUCUCCAUUCUCAAGACCACCGACACCAUCAUUGCCGCCCUGAUGAAGGAUGAGAAGAUGAUGCUGCAAAACCAAGACGAUGUGGCGGAGUUGUACGCGCCGGUGGUGGCGGUUCUCCGCCGAAGCACAUCAAUCUCGCUCAGCCAUGCUGCCAUUGGACUGUUGGUGAAGAUGCAUACUAUUGGAGCUUCGCCGCGGGAGUGGAAUGCGACGCAGCUGCAUGACCUGCUGCAGUCCAUCACCACUGUCUACAUUGGGUCUGUGAACAGCACCGCCAAUGAGCUAGAGCAGGUGCUCACGUUGUUUGGUCAGUUGGGCGCCGUAGACCCCGCCACAAAGCCAGACGUCGCCGCCACAAAGAAGAAGAACGAUGAGGCUGCUAUUCAAGAUGAUGCUGACCUGGAACUCACCUAUGACUACGGCGUCAUUGUGUACCGGGACCUGAGCCGGAUGUUGGAUGUGAGCCUUUCCGAGAUGGUGUGCACACAGACCCUACGCACCUUGCUCCACCUUGUGCAGACGACAAGUGAUAAGAAAAAUCUUAUUGGUGGCGUUCAUGCGGCAAAGGCGGUGUUGCAGAUUGCAAAGCGGUCCAACGACAGCCCCUCACUACGCAUAGAGGCGUUACACAUUCUUGCCGCUAUUACAUCACUUCGGCAUGAAAAAAUUUCCAAGAAACUCCUACCUGAAAUUGUGGUGUUACUGGAACAACUCUGGUACCCGCAGGAUCAUGCCCUCUUCCGUGCCGUUUUGGACGUUGUUAGUGCUCUGAAACCUGGGAAACUGUCUGGGAAGGAGCAGGCGGAGGUGUGGCCCUGGUUGUACCCGCGUCUUGUGGAUGUUGCCUUGCAGGAUCACACAGAAUCUAGAGAAUUCUGUCUGCGUGUGGUGGACAUUGUGUUGCACGCUUCGUAUAUUCCCCCACACUGUAUACCGGUGGUGUUUCCCAUGCUUACGCAGUUUGUGCAGCAACUGGAGCAGUUGGUGGAGGUGCGCUCCGUCUCGUUGUGUGCCGCCAUUCACAUUGUAUGCAAUUUAAAGGCGAUGCAACAUCUUCCGGCGUUAAUGCACGCUAUUCGCACCCUCACGCGACACUGCAUGCUAAGCGAAGACUUUGGACCCCGUCUCUCCACUGUGAUGGUGCGGGACGCGCUACGGGUCCUUGCCGCGAUGUGCCUGGGUGGGAACUCAACGAUAGCUACCCUGCGUGAGUGCCUGCGCGACGCGGAGGAGCCGAGCAACGGGGGUCCGACAGCGUCGUCGGUGGCGGAAAGUGGGACGGAUCUUGAGGGUUCUGUGGGGGAUCGGCCGACGUCGCCAUACGUGAGCCGCCACCACCAGAAUCACCAGCGUGAGCUGCGGCGCGGCAACCACUACCUUGACCAGGCUGACGACGAUCGCUACGACACCUACCCACAGGGGCAGCAGGACACCACGCUUUUCAUGAAGCAUGUAGAGUUCGGGCUACGUACUAGGGACAACAAGUGGCGGGAGUGGUUUGCAGAGUUUCAGAAGAACAUCAUUCUCGUCUCUCCGCACCCGGCCUUCCGCAUUGUAGUAGACCUCUUUGAUAAGCAUGAGCCGCUUCGCCGCAAGCUGUUUCACCCUUCCUUUAAGUGCUUCUACGAGUCCCUCAGUGCGGAGCACAUGAAGAAGGUGAACGAGGUGCUGAACCUCGCGCUGCGCUGCAGCGACAGCGAGGUGGUCUCCAAAUGUCUUGGGCUUGCUGGCUACCUUGACCACAAUCCACCUCAUAUUAAGGAGCCGGUGCUGCAGCAGCUCCGCUACCUUGAGAGCCACGAUGGCACCAGCCGGACGGCAACCGGCCUUCAGUCGGCAGAAGAGCUCCAAUACAUGCAGCACAGCGACAACACUAACUUUGAGUCCCCGGCGCAGUCGCUUAGGUCUCCCGAUGGCGCACGCAUCGAUGCCAAGAACGCCGCGUCAAAUUUCAUGGACGACACACUUGUUGGGCUAAACAGUGGUCACUCAGCCGACGCCGUCACCGACAGUAAUAAGAUCAAGAGUAACGACAACGGUGCGGACGAGGCCCAGAAUAAUGCUCAAAAUAAUAAUAAUAACCGUAGCAAGGAGUUGCAGCCAACAGAGGGUGAAAACAUUGAAAUUGGAGGCGAGUUUUAUCCCUUGGCACUUCCGAUUACUUUACCACCGUCUCAGAGUACUACAACACCUAUCGCGUGUCAAAGGGUGUCACCCAUUCCCAAUAGUGUCAAUCCUCUCUUCACGACGGACAGUCUGGUGGAGGCGGCACGGCGCACACGCAUGUACGAUAAGGCUAUAAGCUAUCUUGAGAACAAGGUGCUACCCGUCAUUGAGAAGUAUCGUUACACAAGCAGUGUUCCAAAGGAGGCGGUACACUCACUUGUACUUCCUAUUGCAUGGUUGUACAGUAAACGUGAGAUGCAGGAUUCUGUUGUGGGACUAUUCCGUGUUCUUCGCUAUAAUACAGAGAACGAAGACGGGUUAAACUAUGAAUUGUUGCAGUGGUGGGAUGUGGCACAGCGUGUCUAUGCCAGAAAGGUGGAGAACAAUCAGAAAUGUAGUCUGGUAGAUCUUGAGGGUUAUGUACGAACGCUCUGUUUGUGCGGGGAAUGGGAAAAGGCGUUGCAUGUUGUCAAAACGGCCUCUCCGAAGCUUACACAGUCUUCCGUGGCAAUCGCACAGUCGGGCGCCAUGGCAGCUUGGAUUCUUGGGGAGUGGGAUGACGUUAGACAGUUAAAGGAGUGUAUUCCUGUGAAGGAGAAGGUUGACACAGUACUUCGCCUCUUCUUUGAGAACGCAGUUUGUCUUCAUGACGCCUUCUACAGGAAAUCCGGUGGCCACCUUAUGGGGAUAUCUGCAGAUGCUCUUCGCACCACCAUUAGAAAGUCUAAAAUGGGGGUGGAUGAAAGUCUGAAGACGCUACUCCCGCUUAGCUACGCCCACGCCUAUGAAAAUCUUACGCUCCUACAGCACUUUACAGAGAUGGAGGAGCAGGUGGUAUAUGUGCAGUCAGAGUCUUCCAUAUUUCGUGAGCAGUUGCUGGAGCGGUGGAAACGACGCUUUGCGGCGCUUAAACCGGACUCUCUCAUGCCAAGCUUACGAUCUCUUAUGCUGCACUCACUGGUGCUACAACCCACGGAGAUGUCAGAGAUGAUUUUAAAUUUCUGUGAAAGGAUGGGGACGAACUAUCCUCAGCUCUCCAUGUGGGCCAUGUCGUGGCUUCAGCAGGGUCACUUUCCACAUAGUAGUCCUGAGUACAAGCGGGAUCAUGUGAGUGCCGCCGCCUUACUGACAUCGCAGCCUCGUGAGGCUGUUGUCUACAUUAGCCAGAUAUGGAGUGAGGGUCGGAGAAACCAAGCGGUGCGUAUGAUGGAGGAAUUCCUCAAUGAAACGAAACCAAGAUUGGAGGAAGAGGAACCCCUUUGCUAUGGCAGUGCACAACAUCGCCUAGCUACAUGGAAGCAAGAAAUGCUCGCGGAUUGUUUUUGGAAGAGUGAUUACCGGCAGGAGCUGCUAAGACACUUUCACGAGGCGAUUCGUGCAUUGCCGAAGAGUUAUGAGGCGUGGCACAGUUGGGGUCUCAUGAAUUAUCGCGUGCAGCAGCGUGAUCGUUCCCUUGCGACAGAUGAACAACAAGGGUUUGUUGCAGCGGCCCACCAGGGUUUUGUGGCGGCCAUUUGUCGAAGCGCCAGUCCCGCCACAGCUCUGCCUGGUGUGAUGCGUUUGUUGCAGCUUUGGGUGUUUCACAAUGGCAUAUCCAUGCUGAAAGAGUCCAUGGCAGACAGUGUAUUCCGCAUUCCCACGGAUUACUGGGUGCAGGCCAUUCCGCAGUUGAUUGGUCACCUGAGCGACAGUCGACACGAUGUGCGUGAAGUGAUCAGCAUGAUCCUUCGGCAGCUGUGCGAGGUGCACUCUCAGGCGGUGGUGUUUCCGCUGCUCGUGGUGUUUAUGUCAGACGAUGGUAGUGGCGGUCCGCAGCUGCGGCGACGGGAAUUGGCGCAGUCUAUCAUCACAGCGCUUCCCAACAGAAUUAGCUCCGAUGCACGGCUUGUGGCGAAGCUACUGGUGGACGUCUCUGCAAUUCCCAUUGAAAAGAUUCGCGAGCACCUUAGUGCGGUGGCGGCGGUGUGGAACCCCAACGCCGAAUACGAGGGCGACUCCGAGGAGGUGUGUCGGCGACUGCAGGCGGUGCUGGACAUCUUCCAUGCCCACCGGCAUCACCUCUUGUACACUGUUGGCGACGUUGGCCACUACGUGGACGUGGUUCUCGAGGAUGAGAGGCGCGGGGAUCGGGAAAAGGCAAGCAGCAUUGUUGGACAGUUGUUGGAAGAGAUCACCAAGCACAUCACGGAGAAGCUUGGCAACGAGCCUCAGAAGGCUAUGGAGCCUUUGCUGAAUCUUCGGAAUCUUUCUAUUGCUGUCUUUGGGGAGUAUGAUAUUCAGUACACGAACUUCCCCACCAUCGCAUCGUUCAGCUCUAAGUUGGACGUCAUCCCGUCCAAGAAGCGGCCGCGGCGCAUCCGCCUCAGUGGGUCCAAUGGGUUCAUUUACACCUACUGCCUCAAGGGCAACGAGGACAUACGCAUGGACGAGCGAGUGAUGCAGCUGUUUGGCAUGGUCAAUGUGCUGCUUAGCAACGCCUACACUGCCAAUAGUGCCUUCAUCCACCGCUUUCCGGUGAUUCCCAUCAGCAAUAAUGUGGGCCUUCUCGGCUGGGUGGAGAACGCUAACACCAUCAACAACACGAUAUGUAUUCAUCGCGGCACCAUUCCGAAUCUUUGCACCCAUCACGAGUCAAGUGUGCUGCGCUCAUACGUGGAGUCGUUUGGAAGCUGGGAUAAGCUGAGCAUGAUCCAACGCACGGAGGUCCUGGAGUACGUCAUGACGCAACCCAACUGUGAGGCUGUGGAUGUCGCGCGCGCGAUGUGGCAUCGGUCUCAUACGGCGGAGCAAUGGCUUGAGCGACGCACAGCCUUCACCCUCUCCCUAGCGACGAUGUCCAUGGUGGGGUACGUGCUGGGGCUGGGUGAUCGACACCUUGGUAAUAUUCUGCUUUCCAUGUCAACAGGAAAGAUUGUGCAUAUCGACUUUGGCGACAGCUUUGACGUGGGUCGACUACGCCACGUACUCCCCGAGACUAUCCCAUUCCGCCUCACUCGCAUGCUGACGAAUGCGAUGGAGGUGUUUGGCGUAGAUGGCAUCUUUCGCUCCUCCUGCACCCGCACCCAGACCACGCUGCACCAAAACUGUGACAGCAUCAUGGCCCUGCUUUCAGCCUUUGUGCAUGAUCCAAUCGUGCAGCACAAGGGGACGAUGAAAAAUAUGAUGGAGAAGAGCCGCACUCCGCAGGAUAUCGCGGAACGUAUUCGUAACAAACUCCGUGGGAGGGAAAUGGCUGUUGAAAAGGAGGACAUGGUGAUUUUCAACACCGUGCCGGAGAGUGCCCGUCGCCCUGACUUGCUGUACAUGUCCAACGCCUUCAAUGACGCGGCAUGGCGAACCUUUGCCAAAUCCCUGACACCGCCAAAGCAAGUCUCCAUGCUGAUUGACGAGGCCACGCGUGUGGAGAACUACGCCGCGCUGUACUUUGGUUGGGGCCCAUUGUGGUGA